GCGGAACUGAUCAUUGUAUUGCACACCUCUAAAAAAAACACUGCCUCUGAUUUAUCAAUAUAAAAAAGAUCCUCUGAGAGGAGGAGGAGGAGGGCACUUUUGUGUGAUGGCAACUUCACUUCUGGGGGAAGAACCGAGGUUGGGUUCGACUCCUCUGGCCAUGCUCGCGGCUACCUGCAACAAGAUCGGCAGCCCCAGCCCGUCGCCGUCGUCCCUGUCGGACAGCUCGCCCUCCUUCGGCAAAGGCUUCCACCCGUGGAAACGCACGUCGUCCUCGUCGUCGGGCAGCUGCAACGUCGUGGGUUCGAGUCUCUCGAGCUUCGGCGUGUCGGGGAGCUCCCGGAACGGCGGCUCGUCCUCGGCGGCGGCGGCGGCGGCGGCGGCAGCGGCGGCGGCAGCGGCGCUCGUGUCGGAUUCGUUCAGCUGCGGCGGCUCGCCGGGCUCCAGCGCCUUCUCGCUCACCUCCAGCAGCGCCGCCGCCGCGGCCGCCGCGGCCGCCGCUGCCGCCGCCGCCUCGGGCUCGCCGUUCGCCAACGACUACUCGGUGUUCCCGGCCCCGGGAGUGUCGGGGGGAGGAGGAGGAGGAGGAGGCGGCGGCGGCGGCGGCUCCGGGGCGCACACGCAGGACGGCUCGCACCAGCCGGUGUUCAUCUCCAAGGUGCACGCCUCCGUGGACGGGCUGCAGGGUAUCUACCCGCGCGUGGGCAUGGCGCACCCGUACGAGUCGUGGUUCAAACCCUCGCACCCGGGCCUGGGCGCCGCGGGCGACGUGGGCACGGCGGGCGCCUCCAGCUGGUGGGAUGUGGGCGCAGGUUGGAUCGACGUGCAGAACCCGAACGGCGCGGCCGCCCUGCCGGGUUCCCUGCACCCGGCGGCCGGGGGGCUGCAGACCUCCCUGCACUCGCCGCUGGGAGGUUACAACUCGGAUUACUCGGGCCUCGGGCACUCGGCCUUCAGCAGCGGCGCCUCCUCGCAUCUGCUCAGCCCCGCCGGCCAGCAUCUCAUGGACGGCUUCAAACCCGUGCUGCCCGGUUCCUAUCCCGACUCUGCCCCGUCGCCGCUGGCCGGCGCGGGCGGGUCCAUGCUGAGCGCCGGGCCCUCGGCGCCGCUCGGAGGCUCCCCGCGCUCCUCCGCCCGCCGCUACUCCGGCCGUGCCACCUGCGACUGUCCCAACUGCCAGGAGGCCGAGCGCCUGGGACCGGCCGGGGCGAGCCUGCGACGCAAGGGUCUGCACAGCUGUCACAUCCCCGGCUGCGGCAAGGUGUACGGCAAGACGUCUCACCUGAAGGCGCACCUGCGCUGGCACACGGGCGAGCGGCCCUUCGUGUGCAACUGGCUCUUCUGCGGCAAGCGCUUCACGCGCUCCGACGAGCUGCAGCGGCACCUGCGGACCCACACCGGCGAGAAGCGCUUCGCGUGCCCCGUGUGCAACAAGCGCUUCAUGCGCAGCGACCACCUCAGCAAGCACGUGAAGACGCACAGCGGCGGCGGCGGCGGAGGCUCGGCGGGCUCCGGCGGCGGCGGCAAGAAAGGCAGCGACACCGACAGCGAGCACAGCGCCGCGGGCAGCCCGCCCUGCCACUCCCCAGAAUUGCUGCAGCCCCCCGAGCCCGGCCACCGAAAUGGCUUGGAGUGAUGCGCGGCCCGGGGCGCCCUGUUCCCCAACCUCUUGCCACCUGGGUCCUCUUGGAUCUGGUCUGUCCUGGCCUCAAAUCCAGUCUCUCUCUCUCUCUCUCUCUCUCCUCUCUUGUCUUUCAGUGGCACCCUGCUUGCUCCCAGUCUCCUGUCCUCCCUCCCUCUUGCUGUAGCCUUUCCCGCGGCCGUAACUUUGUUAAAGGGAUAUGGACUUGGAAGGAACUGGAAAUCACUGUCCCCCACCCCCACCCCCGCCCGCCUCUCGCUUUGCUUGUGUGCAACACCCCCGAGCCGAAGCUGGCCGAGCCGCACCUGCCCCCGGCUUCGCUCCUCCAGCCCCAGGUUGACCAAACUUUUACAAGGCCGAGGCCUCGGGAGUGUGACGGGGAUGAGCCGAGGGCCUCCGCGUCGGCUGAGCCAAGCUUGAGCCCGAGCACUGGGGAGCAGGGUGGCACCGGAGGCCAGGCCGGCCACCCACGCUCGUGAGGCCGAGGACUCGGUUCCAGAACCACCGUCCUGGGGCUCCUGGGGUCAGGAGCAUCCGGUUGGGCCGCUGAGCAGGCGGCGGGAGCCGGGAGAAUCCCCCCGGAGGGGGGGGGGGAUAGGGGGGCGGUCUGGCUGGACCUAGACCCCGAUUGCAGAGUUUAGCCCUCCAUAGUCAGCCCGGCCUCCGCUUUGUUCCCUGAGGUGGAACCGAUGCAGAUUUUUUUUAGCAAAGGGAGCCUUGGAGAAUCGCUGCAGCAGCCGUCUUUCAUCUUUAAAACAAUUUCUUUUCUUUCUUUUUUUUUUUUUAGAACUGCAAAUCUGAGCAGGGGGCGGAAAAAAAAAGCUACUAUCUACUAGUUUCCUUUCUAGACGCUUUUUCCUCUGCCAGUGAGUUCGUCUUUUUCUCUCCGAACUGCUAAUAUUGAUCCCAAAGUUAUUUUGAUUGCGUUAACUUAACUUAUGGGGUGGGGGGUGGGAUGAGGGUAGGCGUCUUUUUCUUAUGCAAAAAUACCCCUUUCCGGUGAGACCAGAUUAACUAUCUUCGUGUUUGUCUUUUUCUACCUCGUUUUUUCACAAUCCCAGACCAUAAUCUUCCAAUCUUUUUUUGUUGUUGUUAGUCCAGCCUUCCAUUUGUAUAGUACUCAUUUCUGUAAAUUCUUGCAAUUCAUUGAAGAUUUUAGGGUUAAAGUUUCUUUUUUGUGUGUGUGUGUGAGUGUGUGUGUGUGUGUGUGUGUGUGUGUGAUUUAAAACUCGAGUGAAGAAGCUAUUUCAGACGAGGCUGUAGUUUAAAUGCCAAAAGAGAGAAAUAGGGAAAAAAGUAUAAAAAAAAGUCUUUGUAAAAUAUAUCUGAACCUAAUGGUUUGUACAACUGGAGAAUCGUUCUAGAUUAGUUGCCACUUAAACAUAACCCCACGAAUGUGAGGGUGUGUGACUACAGCUGUCCAGGAGACGAUUUUGUAUAGUAUUUUUUCUUGUACAUUACUUCCAGUAAAUAUUUGAAGAUAUAUUGAAGUAAACUUGAUUUUUUUUUUUGUCACAAGAAAAUAUUAAGAGUUAUUGUUGAGCUGCAGGUUUUUUGAACUCAUUUCUGGAGGUGCAGAGCCACACACGCACUUUCGGGGCCUAGUUUUGCUCGAAUAUGAAUUUAGAUAAGUAUCAAGCUGUAACUAAGACAAUAUUUGAUAAAUGUUGGAUGACAUUUAAUUUAAUGGAGCAUGUACUUAUUUGCAUUUGCUGGCAGUUCAGGCAUAGUUAAAGUGAGAGUUCUCCUAUAUUUCAUAAUAACUGGGUCUGCCAAAACCCAUGUAUUAAAUAAAUUGUCCAAGUGAAACUCGACUAACUUUGGCCUUUGUGUAUUUCCUGAAGGUAAUGUUGUUAACUGUUAAUCAACACUCCUGAUGCUACAUUUAAAUGUUUGCAGAGUCUGCAAACUAAUUGUUCAUUGUCAUGUUGAAAUAAUUUGGAUAUUUCACAUUGAAAUGAAAAGCCUUUCUCUGGAACAUUUUAGACUUGCAUUUUAAAUGCAUGAAAUGUAAUUGAUUUAUUUGUAAUAUUUUAAAUGGUAUUAAUAAACACAGAUAAAAGACUA